CUAUGCAUGUUAAAGGAGCAGAUUAGGGGUUUUUUUUAAGCAUGGUUGUAGAUAUUAAUUAAUACGCCAACUUCACUUCUUUAAACCUACCUUUGAGCUGGACUCUCACUCUCAUACAAACAGACAUUAUUGAUGUUUUAAAUAUACAGUAUCCUACUUAACUCUUAGGGCCGGGUCUAAUUUUAGUCACACUCAUACUGCUAAGCACAAAAAAAUUGCUUUUUAAAAGCAAAGUAUAAAAAAAACCCGUUAUACAUUAUUAUAUUCUACUUUCAUGGAGCAAUUAUUGAUAUCAAAUUAAAUUUGAAUUUGAAAAAUUGAAUUAAUUGAAUUUGAAAAAUGUAAUUAAUUGAACCCUUUAAAUGCCAGGUUGUUGACGCCACUAUGGUUUGUAGAUGAAACAAAAUUCAAUAUACUACAUGAAAAGAAGGAAUAAAUAGAUUGUGUUGAAUGAUUAGCAGCAACUCUUGUGACAGUGCCAUCUGCCAAAUAGGACGGCCAUUAUGAUCGGAUCGGAUCUGGUGGAGAGUAUAAAGAAUGAUCAGGCAAAAGCGCAGAUUGACACCCAGAUAUAAUAAAAUGCGAAAUGCAUGUAUUAUGCUUUAAAGGAAUGGGAAAAAAAUUGCAUUUUAAAUGGCACAUUUUUGGCACUUAACUGUGUGAGUGUAACACUUAUUUAUACACAGUGGAUACGAUCAAAUAAAAAUACACAAUAUUGCCAAAAGUCAUGCCAUAUGCAUGAACACAGCCAAAAUGAUUCAAAAAAACGAAGAAUGGGAAGCGUUUGAAAUGUGCGUAAAAUGCGCGUAAAAUGCGCACAACCGUCCCUAAGGCUUAAUAAGGAAACGGACUAUUUCUGUAUUUUGAUUUUAACAUCUACUCUUCUUAUAUCGUGCCCUUUCAGACAUUACGAACAAACAGGGCACUUUCUUAUUUGCUGGUGUCGCCUUCAUGCGCUGAGCUGAGAUGAACCGCGCAGUCCUGCAGUCCUGCACGGAACGGAAACUCUCAUCAUUCUGGAUCUGUUGGAGGCUGAAAACACGGGAGCGACAUGAGAGCGCGCGAACUUCUGAUCCUCAGAAUGGACCUAACUGUCAUCAUGUUGCUCAUCCACCUGACCCACAGCGAGACUCAAGCACUGGUGGCCAGCAGCAGAUCAGAAGUAGAGGCCAGGUGCCCGUUGGGGCAGUUCCCAUGUGGGAACUUGAGUGAGUGUCUCCCCCAGGCUCUGCAGUGCAAUGGACACAAAGACUGUCCUAAUGGAGCAGAUGAGCGGCGCUGUGGGGACAACGUCGGAUGGGCGGACCUGUUUGGACAAACACUACAGAAUGCCGAUCCUGUGGACCAGGACUUUCAGAAAGAGUGCUUGUUGCAGGAGUAUCCAGAGAGCUGUGAUUGCAUCCAGACAGAUGUGGAGUGUGUGGAGGUCAACCUGCAGACUGUUCCACCCCUGUCUCCAAAUGUGACCUGGCUGUCACUGCGGAGCAACGAGAUUCGAGUGCUGUCUGACUUUGAUUUCUCGGAAUUCUCCGCCCUACAGAGACUGUUUCUUCAAAACAACAGCCUCCAGUCAGUAUCCAAACAUGCCUUCAGUGGCCUGUACAAUUUAAAGAGGCUGUUUCUCAGUGAGAACCUGAUAUCUUCCCUCAGUCCUGGUGUGUUCAGAGAUCUGCACCAGUUAGAGUGGCUGAUGUUGGACCAUAAUCCACUCGGAGGUUUGUCCCAGGACACAUUCAUCGGACUCCAGUCUCUCAUGUAUCUAUCCAUGGUGGACACCUCGCUGCUGCAGCUUCCACACCCAAGCUUUUGUCAACACAUGCCCGCGUUGGACUGGCUGGAUCUUGAGGGAAACCAGAUUCAAACUCUCAACUACUCCCUCCUGAAGUCCUGCAGCAAGCUUGGGGUCCUGUUACUGAUGGACAACAGGAUAAGACGAGUGCCUGAAAACACCUUCCAGUCUCUGUGGAAACUGGCUGAGCUGAACCUGUCCAGUAACAGGAUAAGGGAGCUGCCAAAAAACACCUUUAAAAACCUUUCCAAAUCCCUUCUUAAACUAAAUGUCUCCUACAAUCCUCUUCUCCGCAUUCACCCGAGCCACUUCAACCAUCUGACACAUCUUCAGUCUUUGGCGCUGGAAGGAAUAGAAAUCCCGGAUAUUCAGACUAAGAUGUUUCUCCCUAUGGAGAACCUGUCCCACAUAUACUUUACAAAGUUCCAGUACUGCUCGUACGCGCCGCACGUCAGGUCCUGUAAGCCCAACACAGACGGUAUAUCUUCCUUUGAGGACCUGCUGGCUAACGUAGUGCUGCGAGUGUCCGUCUGGGUCAUGGCCUUCAUUACGUGCUUUGGCAACCUCUUAGUCAUCGGCAUGAGGUCACUGAUCCGAGCGGAGAACAAUCUGCAUGCUGCCUGCAUCAAGGUCCUGUGCUGUGCAGACUGCCUCAUGGGCGUGUAUCUGUUCUUUGUCGGAGUGUUCGAUGUGAAGUUUCGCGGGCAGUACAACCGCAACGCUCUGCUCUGGAUGGAGAGCGUGGAGUGUCGGACCAUCGGAUUCCUCGCCAUGCUCUCGUCAGAGGUGUCCGUUCUCCUCCUGACCUAUCUGACUCUGGAAAAGUUCUUGGUUAUUGUCUUUCCCUUCAGCAACCUACGCCCAGGAAAACUUCAGACGGGGGUGGUGCUGGCCUCUAUCUGGCUACUGGGGUUCAUUAUUGCUGCCGUGCCUCUCAUGAAUGAGGACGUGUUUGGAAACUAUUAUGGACGCAACGGAGUCUGCUUCCCCCUGCACUCUGACAGGCAAGAAAACCCUACUGCCAAAGGAUAUUCCACAGGGAUUUUUCUGGGUCUGAACCUGGUGGCGUUCCUGGUGAUCGUCUUCUCCUACUCCAGCAUGUUCUUCUCCAUCUACAAAACGGGCAUUAACGCCACAGACCUGAGAAGCAGGCUGCACAAAGAUGUGGCCGUGGCCAACAGGUUCUUCUUCAUCGUGUUCUCUGACGCCCUCUGCUGGAUUCCCAUAUUCUUGGUCAAAAUCCUCUCACUGUUGAAGGUGGAGAUACCUGGGACCAUCUCCAGCUGGGUCGUCAUCUUCAUCCUGCCCAUCAACAGUGCCCUGAACCCCAUCCUUUACACGUUGACCACCAGCUUCUUCAGGGAGCAGGUGGAACUCUUACUCUGCCGCUGGCAGAGGAGACACAUCUUGAAAAAGGACCGCAAAAGCCUCACUUCCUCCACAAUCUUCAUGGAGACGGCGCGGCCUCCCUGCUACCGGCAGCCGGCCUACUUCCAGCGGGUGUCGCUCAACGGCGCGGAUCCUCGCUAUGCCUGAGGGAGGCGGGAACUUUCCUGGAAACUAUCGACGCAGGGGCCGUCUUUCGGCUCCUGCGCGACACUUGCACUAGCGGGACAAGGUUGACAAUCCUUGAGCUUUUCUCUUUAUGUUAUGUAAAAAAAAAAAUGCCAACGAUGAGACACUUUUGUUCGAAGCAGCUUUCCCCUCCCCCCCCUUCCCUCUCAUGUAUUUAUACACAGAGAGCUCUUUAGGAUGCAGUGUUUUUGCAUGAAGACAGGACGAGCCAGGGAUCAAAUCACCAGUCAUGCACUCACAGUGGUCGGGCCCUUUGUGCCGCGUAAAAGCCCAAUUCCAUGUUGCCGUGCUUCAUCUGUUCUAGGUGAGGGCACCGUGGAAUAACAAAGAAUGGAUGGGAGAGUAAAUACCAGCAUACUGUGCACACUAUACAUCACAAUGGAGCCCGUAUACGUGAUUUUGAGAUGGAACUGGGAGACAAAGUGAUCUCAGAAACACGUUUUUUCUACAGAGUGAAUGAAGAAUGAAGAAUUUAGAUUUAAGGGUUAUUAGUAUCAGAAGUCACGGAAUAAGUCUUGGGCUGCGAAAAUAAAAAGUAGCUCUUAAACUGUUAACUUUGAAUUGAAUUAAGCCCUACAAAUGAAAAAUGAUACCAGCACUGUAUGCAAAAAUAUGUACAUAUUUUACCUUGUUAUUUAACCUGCUUUGCAUAUCAUUUUUUUUUUUAACAUUGUCCACAAUAUGAUCCAAAUUCACAUUAGUAGCACAAUUAAAGUUAUUAAGCCAUUGUGAACAAUCGGUUGCAUUUAUUAUGCCAUCUGCUUCUUCCACUUAAUUUCUGCUCUCUGUCUGUGUCCUUUUGCAUCAUUUUAUUCUGAAUUUUAUUUUUUAUUCUGAAUUACAUUUAUCUUAAUCCUCAUCUACACAGAAAUGUAGAAACUGAAGCUACACAAUAAGGAAGGCAUUUGCAUUUUAGUAUAGCUUUCAUGUGUUACCCUCUAAAACAAUGCAUACAUUACUGUGUUCAAGUCUUCGGCCACCAUUAGAUGUGUUGUUUGAGCAAUGCUAUAAUAUCCAUGACCAUACAGUGUCAUUUUUUCCCAGUCAUUUUAUUGAAACACAUCCAAAAACAUGUAUACAGUUUUAAAUAACAAUGCUUCUAUAGGUUUAAUUUUCAGGUAAAACCAUUAGAAAAGGGGGCCACACGGUGGUGUAGUGGUUAGCACUCUCGCCUUGCAGCGAGAAGACCCGGGUUCGAGCCCCGGUUGGAACAAGGGCCUUUCUGCAUGGAGUUUGCAUGUUCUCCCCGUGUGUGCGUGGGUUCUCUCCGGGUACUCCGGCUUCCUCCCACAGUCCAAAAACAUGCAAUGUGGGGAUAGGUAAAUUGGACACUCCAAAUUGACCAUAGGAGUGAGUGUGAGAGUGAAUGGUUGUUUGUCACUAUCUGUGUGUGGCCCUGCGAUGGACUGGCGAACUGUCCAGGGUGUACCCCGCCUAUCGCCCGAUGUAGCUGAGAUUGGCACAGCACCCCCCGCGACCCUCUGGUUGAGGAUGAAGCGGUAGAUGAUGACUGACUGACUGACCAUUAGAAAAGGUCUAUUGCACCAGGUUUAUUCUGCACGUGCUUGUGUUUUACACAUGUUGUCUAAGUUUGCUGAUUUACAUUAUACACUAUAAGACCAACUUUCAGUCACAUCAUUUUUGCACAGUGCUGUACAUGCAACAAACAUGAUUUCAUCUCUUUAAUGGGACAUUAAAUCAUCAUUUGUUUUAUUUGUAUUAUUAUUCCCACUAAUAAUGCUGUCUUAUUGAAAUGAUUAUACUUGACACUUGAAAAACAGCAGAAAAAAAAAAGAUUUCACCUCACUGAAAUGACUGUUUGUAAAUUUGUUUUGAUAUAAUCUGAAUUUCCGUGCCAUUUUGUUUGUUAUUUACACUUUUGGUCAGUUCUCUUUUGCUGUUGUUACUGUAUUAUGUUAUAUGUCAUCUGGACUGUUCUACGUUGUAUUUAUACUUUUUUAUACACACAUUAUUAUUAUAAUACAGUAUAUUAUUAUGACAACUGGAUAAUGUUGGAAACACAUCAUGGAAAUUCAUAUCAAUGAGGAGAAAAAUCAUUGCACAAACUUCUGCCAAGUAUAAACCAAGCAGUGGAACCUCCUCUCAUGAAAUAAGACCCAUCAAUUCCUCUUAUGCUGUGCAGAAUUUUGCUGUUAUACUAUUUGGGACCUGUCUCGUCUGUAUAUCGUCUAUCGUAUCAUUGUGUUUGUUUAAGUCAAGUUUAAGUGAAUCAUGUGUUUAUGCGUUUCCCCCACAGCUCUUCAGAUGAAACAAUAAUAAUAAAAAAGUACACAGAAGUAUUUUUGCUUCCUCUUUCCUAGCAAUUCUCUCGUAAGAAAAAAAUAGUAAUUUAAUAAAAUGAAAACUAUUGGCUAAAAACA